AGUCGCGGUUCGAGUGAGUCGCUCAAUAGUUCCCGCUUGGCAAUGCAGAACAGGGAGUCGGACGCUCGGAAAGGGACUGGGAGCAGAAGCAGGCAAAGUGUGCGCAGAAAAUUAUUUCAGAACGAUGACGACAAUGAUGAGCCACGUAUUGCUAUAGGGAUUAAUGAUAAUUAUAAUAAUGAUUUGAUUGAGGAAGACAAAAGGAAAUUAGAAGAGAAGAAGAGACGAUGGAAUUUUGAUUUUGAAAAAGAGGAGCCUCUGCCUGGUCGCUGGGAAUGGCGUAAAGUCGUUUCGGAAAGCGAUGCAAGGAGCCAGGAAGCAAAUUUGGAAAAUAUUCAAAAGACUGAUGGCACUGACGUAAUCCCGGUGGAGAGAGAGAAUCGUGAGAAUUCUAAAAGUAAUUCGGAUAAUUUACAAGAAAAUUGAAUAACAGCCUUUACAACGAAAUAUUUAUAUUCUUUUGACAUAUUUAUAAUCGGUAUGAUUUUAAUAUUUAAAAUUAUCAAUUUAAAAUGCAUUUAUUAGUACCGGGAAUAUUUGCUACAUACAAAGAAAGUUUUUUAUUUAAAAAAUUGACGCACCGAUAAAUGUGCCAAAGUUCAAUUAAUCCUUACGGAAGAAUCUAGUCUUUGAAUUGGUAUAGAUAACACUUAAUAGAUACCUGAAAAUUUAAGAUAUUGGUCCAAAAUUAGGAUAGAAUUUAAAAAAAUGUAUUUUUCAAAUAUUAUUUGUUAAUAGACGUUUUAUUAUAAAUUUUCUCACCGAACGGUGAUAUUUAUAUAUUUACACGUUAUACGUGUAAUUUAUAAGAUACUGAGAGACAUAGAUGUAAUCUCAUACAUGACUAUAUAAAAUAUGCGAUAUUACAAAUAAUCCUAACACAUCACUAUAUGAAAAAUACACUAUUGUAAAUUAUAUAAAUUUAUAACAAAAAUUCGAACGUAUCACGUUCUAUAGAAUUUCAAAAUAUAUUUAAUAUAUUCCUAUCAAA